UAACUUCUGGGAAGGGUUUCUUUUUCCAGGAAUGACAGUUAAUGACAAUGGAGAGAGAUUCUGAAGAAACGAAACUCUACUGUACAUAAAUAAGAGGAGAGAGAAGCAGAAAUUAAAGACUGAAAAGCAGAAUCCAGGAGUGAUACCUCCGUCAAGCUCUUCAUUCCACUCUCAAGUUUACUAGCCGACACAACCACAAUGAUUACACCCGUGGACAUCUCUCGCCACCUUCAGUGCCCCAUCUGCAAAAACCUGCUGACAGAUCCAGUCUCCACCACCUGUGGACACACCUUCUGCAAGGACUGUCUGGACAAGCACAUCAGCAGGUCCGAUUCGCAGUGCCCUCUCUGCCAGGAGCCCGUGACCACCAAACCCUCCGUCAACAAAGCCAUCGAAGCCCUGCUGCAAGAGACUCACCUACCCAACCUAGACCUCUUCUGUGGAGAAAGAGACGCGAUUCCAUGUGACGUCUGUGAUGAACAUCUCACGUUUAAAGCUGUGAAGUCCUGCCUGAUCUGUUCGCUCUCCUUCUGCAAUGAGCACCUGAAGCCUCACCAGUCUAUGGCGAGAUUCAGGGGCCAUAAGCUGGUGAGUCCUGUAGAGAAGCUGGAUCAUAGAGCAUGCAAUACACACGGCAGACCACUGGAGCUCUACUGCAGACGUGACGAGCGCUGCAUCUGUACCUUGUGUGUGAAGACGGGUGGAGACGUGAUACCUGUGGAGAUCGAGAGAGACAGGAGACAGGCUGUGCAGCAAAACACUAUUGAAGUGAUUGAAAGGAUGAUCAGUCAGAGGGAAGACAAACUUAAGGAGCUUGAGGAAUCUGCUGCAAAAUACCAGGCUCUGCUAGAGAAGGAGCAGCAGGAGAUACAGGAGGUGUUUGCUGCACUGAUGGAGGCACUGAGGAAAACAGAGCAGGUGCUGCUCGCUCCUCUGGAGGAUGGGAGGAAGUGUUUGGAGAAAGAGAUGGAUGAAAAGACGCAACAUAUACAAAAAGACAUUCUCAAGUACAAGGAGGCCAUCGAGUCUUUGAAACGCACCCAGAAUGAGGAAGAUGACAUCCUCUUCAUCCAGUCCUAUCCGUCCGUGCCAGCUGAGUUCUCAGAUGACUGGACACUUUCCAUUGACACUGAGUUAAACUUCGGCACAAUGAGAAACACAGAGGCAGAGUUAAUGAAUGAGAUUGAGACGCAUCUGAAGAAACUCUGCGCUGCUGAAAUUAGAAGGAUUCACAGCUUCUCAGUAAAUGUGACUCUGGACGCUGAAACGGCACAUCCGCACUUAGAGGUGUCUGAAGACGGUAAAGAGGUGCGUGACACCGGAGCAAGGCACGACAUCCCGUGCGGCCCGCAACAGUUCGACCUGGUCGGAGGAGUCCUGGGAAAAGCUCACAUCACUUCGGGAAGAGCUUUCUGGGUGGUGGAGGUGGGGAAUAAGGUGGGCUGGGAGCUGGGGGUGAUGAGGGAUGGAGCGAAACGGAAGGGCAAAGUGUCCUACAAACCCAGCGAGGGUUACUGGGCCAUCAUGCUCUGUGCUCAAAACAUGUACGGAGCUUUUGCAGACCCUCCAGUCCAGCUCCAUCUGGAGACCAGACCCCAGAAGCUGGGAGUGUUUGUGGACUGUGAGGAGGCUCUGGUCUCCUUCUAUGAUAUGGAGGCUCUGUCACAUAUUUACUCGUUCACUCACUGCAGCUUUAACGGAGCCAUCCGUCCGUACUUCAAUCCUCAUCCCAACAGAGACGGAUCCAACUCAAGCCCUUUGGUCAUUUGUCCUCUCAAUCAAACCGACAUCUCUGUGUGAAAGCAAGGCCUGAUUUUAUGAGUUAGGAACUAUGAGGUGUGAGGAUAUUAGUAUUCAGUGAGAUCGACAUGUUUCCCUUUUGUUUGUGUCUUUGUUUUCUUCUUUGGUGUGAUAUUCUCUGUUGUAUUUUUGAGUGGAUUAAAAAGCAAACAAAUUUUGAGAUGAAAAUUAUACAUUGUACAUAUAGAGAUAUUUAUAUAGCAUUUAGAUUUUGUAUAUGUUUUUAAGAAUAUUUUAAUGAGCAGGGUGCUGUCCUUCUAAAUGUAAUUUCUCCAAAUGUCUACUAAAAGUAAUUUUUAAAAAUACUUUUUUUAUUCUUUAUAUUAA